GGAGAGCGGGGAGCGGCCUGAGCACGCCUGGCGCUGGGCCGCGGCCUCGGUUGCGGGCUGCAGCCGCCGGGGGACCGCUCGGAGCCCUCUCGGGAGCCGCGAGCUCCGUCAGCUGCGUGAGUUUGUUUUCGGGGCAGCGGUGCCCGCGCGCCGCCUCCUGCUCCGUGCCGAGUGCGGCCGGCUCCUCCCGCUGCGGGCUGCGGGCUCGUCGCGCUUCGGACGCUUUGUCGUAAUGGAGCUCUGAUGAGGCAACGGGGGAGGCUUUGUGGAAGGAAUGCGGGCUUUGGGUGUAUUCGGCGGCGAGGAGCCUGACGGCCUGUUUGUGUGUGCUGUGUGUUCUGCGUCCCCCGCCCGGCCGUGCGGCUCAGGUUUCGUUUGGACUUUGCUUGGUGUUGAGAAAUGGGAGAGAUAGAAGGAACAUACCGGGUCCUGCAGACUCCUGGCUCUCGUUUGGGCGUCCAGAAGAACUCUGGGGUGAGCACUUUGGAGCCGGGACAGAAUCUCUCUACUGCAAUGGCAUUAUCGCCUGCCAAAACACAUGAGAGGGACCUACAGAUCAAGAUAAAGAUGUUGGACAACACGGUGGAAGUACUUGACAUUGAGUCAAAAUAUUAUGGGCAGGCAUUAUUGGCAGAAGUUUACAAGCACCUGAAUUUAAUUGAAUCGGACUACUUCGGAAUUGAGUUCCAGAACAUCCAGUCGUAUUGGAUUUGGCUGGAACCUAUGAAACCUGUUAUUAAACAAGUACGGAGACCAAAGACUACAAUGCUUCGUCUGGCUGUAAAGUUCUUCCCUCCAGACCCAGGCCAGCUGCAAGAGGAAUAUACAAGGUAUCUGUUUGCUUUGCAAAUCAAAAGAGACCUGGCAGAGGAGCGACUAACCUGCAGUGACAACACGGCAGCUCUUCUCAUCUCUCAUCUCCUGCAGUCUGAAAUUGGGGAUUUUGAUGAAUCAGAGGAUCGAGAACACCUUAAAGUAAAUCGAUAUUUGCCAAACCAGGAAAGAAUCCAAGGGAAGAUCCUGGAGUUCCACAGGAAACACGUGGGUCAAACUCCUGCCGAAUCAGACUUCCAAGUGCUUGAGAUUGCUCGGAAGCUGGAGAUGUAUGGCAUCAGAUUUCACCUUGCAUCUGACCGCGAGGGCACAAAAAUUAACCUCGCUGUUUCACACAUGGGUGUGCUGGUAUUCCAGGGUAAUACGAAAAUCAAUACCUUUAACUGGUCCAAGGUCCGUAAGCUAAGCUUCAAGAGGAAGAGAUUCCUUAUUAAACUCCAUCCAGAGGUCUGUGGCCCAUACCAAGAUACACUGGAGUUCCUUUUGGGAAGUAGGGAUGAAUGUAAAAACUUCUGGAAAAUCUGUGUUGAAUACCAUACGUUUUUUAGGCUCUUUGAUCAGCCAAAGCCAAAGGCUAAAGCGGUCUUCUUCAGCAGGGGGUCAUCAUUCAGAUACAGUGGACGAACACAGAAGCAGCUUGUGGAUUACAUUAAAGACAGUGGGGUGAAGAAAACUCCGUAUGAAAGGAGGCACAGCAAAGUCAGAGUGUCCACUCACACUUCGAACACAGACGUGCCAAAACAGAGCGUCGCGUUCCCUGAGGGCUUGAGGACCCCGGGCUCUCCUGCCGCAGCGACUGUCCCCCUCCACUCCGUUCAUUCCUCAGCUGCUUCUACCAUCCUGCCCAUCUUUGCAGAACCCAGCCCUUCCUCCUUGGACCCCCGAGCACCGUACACGAGGAUUCCAGACAAAAACACCACAAUGCCCGCAGAAGAAACGGGGAGGAAACUGGUGCAGCAGCCUGGAUCUCCCAUGUUCCAGUCAUUCCAAGGCCUCCCAGUGGACCAUUCUCAGCUCUCCUCCCUCGUGCUGAAGAGCCCCCUGGGUUUGAACCCAGCAUUCCCUGUGAACCUGAAUGCAGCCGGCCAGGGUUCGUCUCCUCUCCUGAGCCCUGUCCUCAGUGAUGCUGGUGGUGCCAGGAUAGAAGAGGAUGAUGAGAUGAAACGUAAGCGCUAUCCAACCGACAAAGCAUACUUCAUUGCUAAGGAGAUUCUUGCUACAGAACGGACGUAUUUAAAGGACCUGGAAGUUAUUACAGUAUGGUUUCGCAGUGCUGUUAUCAAGGAGAAUGCAAUGCCAGAGGGCCUGAUGACGUUACUCUUCUCUAACAUAGACCCAAUCUAUGAGUUCCACCGAGGCUUUCUGAAGGAGAUUGAGCAAAGGCUUUCGCUCUGGGAAGGAAAGACAAAUGCUCACGUGAAGGGAGAUUACCAACGCAUCGGAGAUGUCAUGCUCAGGAACAUGCGCACUCUGAAGGAGUUUACAAGUUACUUGCAGAAGCAUGACGAGGUCCUGACAGAACUGGAGAAAGCAACCAAACGCCUGAAGAAACUGGAAAUGGUUUAUAAGGAGUUUGAGCUGCAGAAAGUUUGCUAUCUGCCACUCAACACUUUUCUCCUCAAGCCAAUCCAGAGGCUGAUGCACUACAAGCUGAUCCUGGGGAGGCUUUGCAAGCACUACACGGCGGAGCACCGGGACUUUGCAGAUUGCCGGAAUGCCCUGAAGGAAGUGACAGAGAUGACCUCCCAGCUACAGCACAGCCUUAUCCGCUUGGAGAAUUUCCAGAAGCUGACAGAGCUGCAGCACGACUUGAUUGGUAUAGACAAUCUCACAGCACCUGGUCGGGAAUUUAUCCGGGAAGGCUGCUUGUACAAGCUCACUAAAAAGGGGUUACAGCAGCGGAUGUUCUUUCUGUUCUCAGAUAUGUUACUUUACACAAGCAAAGGGGUCACAGGGACAAAUCAGUUCAAAAUUCACGGACAUCUUCCUCUGCAUGGCAUGCUGGUGGAGGAGAGUGAGAAUGAAUGGGCCGUCCCACACUGCUUCACAAUCUAUUCAGCACAGAAGACCAUAGUGGUGGCAGCAAGCACCCGCUUGGAGAUGGGGAAGUGGAUGGAAGACCUAAACAUGGCAAUUGAAAUGGCCAAGAAAUCCACGGAGAAAUCUGACAUGCUUCUGGACAACUCCGUAUGCAACCGCUCCAACAGAUCCUCUGAUGAGGUCUCUCUAGAACAGGAGUCCGAAGAUGACAUACACUCUUCCCGUAGCUCCCUGGACAGGCAGAGCCACCACCGUGCCAACACAACCAUGCACGUGUGCUGGUACCGCAACACGAGCGUCUCCAUGGCUGACCACAGUGUGGCCGUCGAGAACCAGCUCUCUGGGUACCUGCUGAGGAAGUUCAAGAACAGCAAUGGCUGGCAGAAGCUCUGGGUCGUUUUCACCAACUUCUGCCUGUUCUUCUACAAAACACACCAGGACGAUUAUCCCCUGGCCAGCCUCCCACUGCUCGGCUACGUGGUCAGCUCCCCCGUGGAGGCGGAUGGCAUUCAGAAGGAUUAUGUCUUCAAGCUGCAGUUCAAAUCCCACGUGUAUUUCUUCAGGGCCGAGAGCAAAUACACCUUUGAGAGGUGGAUGGAGGUGAUCAAGAGGGCCACCAGCUCCCCAGCCAGGUCGAGCCUUUUGCUUCCGAAGGACGAGAAGGAUCGGCACACGGACUGAAGGGAGCAGAGCUGGAUCUCUGCCAUAACCAUCGCUAAGAGGCAGGUGGAAGCAGGAGUCUGGGGAGGUGAUAAAGCAGAGAACCAGGAGGCUCAUUUCUACCUGGUAUGGAACGGGAGAGCUUGGGAGUUGCAGACAGGGAUCAAGCCCACUCCAAAUGGGGUGUGGGAGAGGGUCACGACUGCUCCAGUUGAACCUACUUAGAGAGAAUCUAACAACUGCAGAGCUUUGGCACGUACACCUUGUGGAAGGUGUACUGCUCCAGUUGUAUCUGUACAGUAAUGCCCUUGCCUGCCCCGAAGGUGGCAAAUGCCACCUUUUUUUCACAUUUUGACCGGAUGGUCAGCAUACAUGGGGGAAAGCAGCAGCUGCUGGGGUGUGAGUGGUUCACAGCUGCUGGCAGCAGGCUUGCUGGCUCCCAGGAGUUCCCUUCCCCAAUGCUCACGGCUGGCUCCAGCCACGGUCCCACAGCUGUCCAUGUCAGCUGGCUUGCAGGCCUUAGACUAACAGGGUCCCACAGAUGUAUUAGCAUAACGAGUACAUUUUGAACAGAAACAGCAGCUCUUGCAGAACAGUUCUGCUACUCAGAGGCUGCCAAGGCAACGAUUUUCCAGGGGAAGUGUGAACCUCUGCUGAGCUGCUGAAUGUUGUCAGCGCGCUGCGGGUUGGUGCAGGUGGGGUGUGUGGUUUCUCCUCUGAACUCUGCUAUGGUGCAUGCUGAGAGGGUCACUUACUAGUCUCAUAUCACAGCUCCGGAGUUCCUUUAUCCUGUUGUAGGCGUUACUUAAGGCAUGGGAUGGCAAACACUUCACCCUUGUGUGAAUGACAUUUUCAAGGCAUUUAAAGCAAUCUAGGAGAACGAGCUUCUCGGAAAGUCACUGUUGCUUGUGCUUCUGUGUCAUGUAAAGACUUUGGAGAAUCCCUUUUCUUACCUUUAAAUAUCGAGUGGGAACCAUCUUCCAUUUCUCGUGAAGGUGUAAAGGUCACUGGAUUCCAGGUGGAGCAUUAGCGUGCCAGGACUCCAUUAAACCUCUGUAUUAACGCUGA